AUGGAAAGUAUUAGUGGUUUAUCUGGAAAUCAACCUGAGGUGGAAGCCACAGCUGUAGAGACAAAUACAUCUCAGUCUCAACAGCCUUUGCCUCCACCUGUUCCUAAGAAAAGGAAAGUGGUUGAGACCAGAUCUCCUGUAUGGGAUCACUUUGAAAAGAUCAAAGACUCUGAGGGCAUUGUUGUCAAGGGAAAAUGUUUAUACUGUGCUAGGGUGUAUUGUAAUGAGUCCAAGAAACAUGAGACUUCUUCUCUCAGACUUCAUGUGGUAAAUUGCCUUAAAAAUCCUCACUCUAAGGAUACAAGGCAGUCCUUGCUUACUUUCCAACGUGAACCUUCUUCUGCUGGAACUGAAAGUAGUGAAGGAUCAGAAGGGGUGUUAGGUACUUGGGUAUUUGACCAAGACUUGAUAAGGAGAGCCUUAGCUGAGAUGAUUAUUCUGGAUGAAUUUCCUUUUAGGAUAGUUGAGGGAUAG